AUGGAAGCCCAAGAAAUUCGUAGUUCGGAAACUCGCCUCGACGUUGCUGUUCUCCCGGAUGUUCCCUUUCUUCGGCUUGAACCAGAGAACUUCGGAUUGGCGAUUGACGUGUUGACGACGUCGUUCUGGCAAGACAAAUGCAUUCGAGAUCGUCGGGGGCUGGCGAUUACUGCGAGAAAUUUGUCCUUUGAUGACCAGGUGCUGUUGAAUUUUGCCUCUCCGAAUUUCAUGCUGAGCGAUGUGACUGCUUGUACAUUUGCCGGAAUCGCCUCAUUUCUUAACGAAUGGGGAGCUGGAAUCCGAGAAGUGACAAAGAUACGACUAUGGGUUCGAUCUGACCUGAACAUCAGAGAGUUCUUUGCCAUGUUGUCUUGGAAUGUCAAGAAUUCUCUCGGAAAGAAGCUCCACCUAUGGAUCGAACAAGAGGAGGCUAAGGAAUUUUGUUUUGAGAUGCUGGAGGACUACGACAACGACUACCUCGGUUAUUCA